GCUUGACGAAUCAUUUAAAUACAGUGGCUGCCUAUUCUGUUGGCAUGUUUUGGUUGUUUUCUCUGCCGAUGGUUGUUGGUGAUGACAUCAUCUGCGCUAAGUUUUAUUUUUUCUCACAAAUCCAUUUCCAUUCUGUUUCUGUUCUAAUGUUUAGAAAAGGCUAAAUUCAUACAAACCGAGAGCGUUCAUCAAAUCCACGCACACGCAAACACAAAUUAGUUAAACAAUAACAAACACAUACGAAAAACUAAAAAUCAAUAAGCAGCCGAUUUCUUGGCUGCCAACAGCUGGACUUGAAAGGCGCUGAAAACGGCACAUCUACGACUACGACGCCGGCGACGACGACGCAGACGGCUUCAGGAUGGUAUUCGAGGCCGUGGUGGUUGAUGUGCUCAACAAGGUGCUGGGUGACUACAUCGAGAAUUUGGAUCACAAACAGUUGAAAAUCGGCAUCUGGGGCGGCGAUGUGGUCUUGCAGAACCUCAAGAUACGCAGCAAUGCGCUGGAUAGCAUGGAUCUGCCCGUUCAGCUUAUCUAUGGCUAUUUGGGUAAACUGGUGCUGAAAAUACCCUGGAAAAAUUUGUACAGCCAGCCAGUGAUUGUUGAUAUUGAUGAUCUCUAUGUGCUUGUUACGCCCAACAAUAAUGUGCGCUAUAAUGCCGAAAAGGAGGCCAAAUAUGCGCUUGCUUCCAAAAUGGCUGUACUGGAUGCUAUGGAGGCAGAACGCAAGAGGGAAUUGCAGAAGGACCAGCCCCGCGGUGAUGCUGGAUUCACAGAGAAACUGACCGCACAAAUUGUCAACAAUUUGCAAAUAAAAAUCUGUAAUGUUCAUUUGCGCUACGAGGAUACCACAACGACGGGCAGUCCGUUCUCCUUUGGCAUCACACUACAUGAGCUGGAGCUCUACACAACGGAUAGCAAUUGGGACAAGUGCUACAUGACGGAGCGUUUGCCCCAGGUUUUUAAAAUUGCGAAUCUCUCCUGCCUGGCAGUUUACAUGAACUGCAAGGCUGCGCUCUAUGCGGAACAGAACAGGGACACACUAGCUGAGACGUUCAAGGAUCGUAUAGCACGCAAGGACUAUAAGCCCGCAAGCUACUUUUAUGUUCUGGGUCCCAUUUCCUGCAAUGCCAAGCUGAAGCUUAACAUGAAUCCAGAACUGGAUGUACCGGCUUUUGAGAAGCCCAAGAUUGAUUUAAGUUUGGAAAUGGAAACCCUAAAUGUGGGUUUGACCAAUACACAGUUCCACAAUAUUCUGCAACUAGCUGAUUCCAUGAAUCGCAUGCAGCUGGGUCUGCCCUAUCGCCAAUAUCGACCCUACAAUAUACCUUACAAGGGUCACUACAGGCAAUGGUGGCAGUUUGCAAUAACCGCCGUGCUCGAGCAUGAUGUGCGUCGAGUGAAUCGCACCUGGAACUGGGAGUACAUCAAAGAACAUCGUGAACUCUGCAAUACCUAUGCAGAGAAAUACAAAGAGCGCGAGCUGAAUAAAAAGCCGCCCAAAAUUCUGUUGGAAUCGGUUAGUCUGCUGGAACAGAAGCUAGAUGUUUUCAAUCUGUUGCUAAUACGACAACGCGUCAGCAUUGACAUUGCCAAGUCACAAGAAAAUGAGCCAAGGGCAUCCAACGGCUGGUUCAGUGGCUGGUGGUCCGGUGAUUCUGCCAAGAAAGACGAAUCCGACGACAAUGGUGCAAAUUUCGUACGCAAAUUUGAGGCAGCCAUGACGCCCGAGGAAAAGGCAAAAAUGUAUAAGGCCAUUGGCUACGAGGAGAACGCCAAGCCAGGAGAUGUUCCUGAAAGUUACGUGGCCAUAAAAAUGAACUUUAAGCUCAUUGCACUCGAGAUAGGCCUGUACCAGGAGCUACGUGAAGUCGAAUCAAGACAGAACAGCUCAUUUGACUAUUUCAAUUUGCCAUCCAUAAUACUGUUGAAAUUUUCAAUGGCCACGGCAUCGAUUGCACAACGACCAGCCGCUGAGGCUAUAAGCCUGACAGCCGGCAUGAAAGAGCUCAAGAUGACGGGUCUCACUCGUGAGAAUUGCACACCCAUGCUUGUGCAGUCCAUAACAACCGAUGAAUUCAAUCUUUUGGACAUAUUCUUUGAAACGAAUCCCCUAGAUAAGGAAUGCAAUCAACGUGUCAAAGUUAUCGCGCGUCCUUUACAAAUCAUAUACGAUGCCGAGACCAUAUUGAAUCUCAUUAGCAUCUUUCAACCACCAACCAAUGUAAAUUUAUCCAGAUUCGAGGAAACGGCUGCCACUAAGCUAGUCGGCAUCAAGGAGCGCUCGGCCACGGGCAUGCAGUAUGUUAUUGAUCAGAAAUCGGUUUUAGAUGCAGACAUAUUGCUGAUGCCAAACAUUAUAGUGGUGCCCCAUGGCGGCGCCUAUGUGGCCGAAGAGAAAUCUCUGAUUGUGCUUAGCCUUGGUCAGGUGCAUGUGACAACGAAGCCCCGCCAUCGCACAGACCAGAUUAAAGCCAUGUACACUCAGGGCCAAGAAAGAGAUGAAAUAUUAAAAAGUGUAAUGGAAAAUGCCUACGACAAGUUCGUUGUGGAAGUUAAUGAUGUACAAAUUCUGGUGGUGCGUCCGGAAGAGCAGUGGCAACGUGUGCUUAACAUGGCCGUCUCGACAGAAUUGCAUGUGCUGCAGCCCACAUCGAUGCAGAUAACCGCCGCGUUAUGCGUUUUCGACAAUGAUCCGCGUAUGCCCAAGGUCAAAAUCGAUAUUGAAUUGCCAGCGGUGCAGUUGAACUUCACCGAGGAUCGUAUGCUGGAGGCAAUUGAUGUGGCCACUAGCAUACCGGUGCCGCAGAGUAAUACCGUAAAAGCCGCACCGAUUCUGACACGCUCGCGCAGUUCAAUCUCGAACUUUUUAAAUCGUGAAAUAAAGAAACGUUCCACACCGCCAGCUCCCUCAAAUACGGUGAUCGAGGAGGAAAUCAUACAGUACACCAAUGUCGAGCUAAAUUUCUCGCUAAAAGAGAUCUCCCUCACACUUUUCCAGUCGAACGCGAUUUGCGAGACAUCAUCCGGCACAAGCACUGCAUUCGCAACACCAGAACAGGAGAAUGUAUCCAGUAUGGACACAUUUGGCACAACAUUGGAAGAAGUUACCACAGAUAUGCUAGUGCGUCGCUUCUCAAGACCUUCGGAGCAUAUACUUUCGAUGAAGGUGCUUCAGGUAGAAGCAUACAUGGCCCAGCGCACCUACGAAACAGUUGCAACCGCCAAAUUGGGCAGUAUUAAUGUAAAGCACUUCGACUGUGUAGAUAAUACGGAUCAAGUGCUGGACAUCAUUGACACGCCCGGCUACGCUAGGGAUUUGAAAUAUCUGCUAACAGUCUCAUAUACGCAGGCCGAUAAAAGCUCACCCGAAUUUACCACAAAAUACAAUUCCACCGAGCAGUUGGUGGUGGCCAAUUUUGAGAUCUUGAACGUUGUGCUGCAUCAGGAGUGCCUGCAACGUCUGUUGAAAUUGUCGAACAAUUUUCAGAAGCGUCUUGAUGUGAUUUAUCGAAAUUUAAAGCCACGCGAUCGGUAUGCCUCAGCCGGCGAUGGUGACGGCCUGAAACACAAGCUGCACGUCAUAAUAGAGGAUACCGAAACAAUAUUAACCACACAAGUUAAUUUACGUCGACCCAAGGGCCCCAAGCGGAACGCUGUCGUGGAUAGCGUGAAAAUGCGCAUGGUUUCGAAUAUCGAAGAGAUUGGCCUCAAGCUAACCACACGCCGUCGCCCCCUGGCGGCGAUGCAUAUAAAGAACUUUGUGUCGAACGUGACUCUAAAGGAGUCCUACACCGAAGUGAACAUUGGCCUCAAGGAUAUUAUGGUGCUUGAUCUAAAUCCUUUAACAAAACAUACGAGAAUAUUGAGCAUUGUGGGCCAGGAUGCUUUCAAUUGCCAGGUGGUGCUCUACAAUAAGGAAUUCACGCAUGACUACAACUCGGAUGAUAUAAAAAUUACAGUGGAUAUUGGCUGCAUGAAGAUAAUGUUCCUCAACUGGUUUGUCGCUGGCGUUUUGCACUUCCUGGGCAAUUUCCAGGCGGCUCAGCAGGCGCUAACCCAAGCCAGUGCCGCGGCUGCCCAAUCUGCGCGUCAAAAUGCAAUCGAUGCCUAUGAGAAGGCGACGCGCAUAAAGCUAAAUGUGCGCAUCAAGGCGCCUAUUAUAUGCGUACCUGUGGACUCCCAAAGCAAAAAUGCACUGGCCAUUGACUUCGGUUUGCUAGAGAUAACGAACAACACCAGUGAGGUGAAAGUACCUGAUAGGGAUGAGAAUGCCGUCAUCGAUGAGAUAAAGGUGCAACUGAAAGAUGUCAAGAUUACCAAGGUGAUCAUUUUGGAUGAAAACGACGAUACCUCUGUUGAUGAUGUGGACGCUCUUCUCGGCAUGAAGACCUCACUAAAUAUGAUGGAUCCAAUGAGUUUUACGUUAAGCGUCACGCGCAAUCUGUCAUUCAGUUGGUAUAGGGAUAUACCAGAGAUCAAUCUAUCGGGUCAUUUGAAGUUUGUUGAGCUAACACUCUUCAUGGAAGACUAUGCACUAGUUAUGUCCAUAUUGAGUCGUAAUCUGGGCGAAGGCGUCAAAGAGUUUCCGCCGAGGGAACCUGCGGUUCUUGAAAAAGCUUCGUAUUCUACCGUGUACUCUGAAUCACGACCGACAAACCGAUCGCCCACCUCAAGCCUGCCUGAAAAGAUUUUUGAGACGCUCAAGUUUAAUUUUCAAUUUGAUGGUGUAGUCAUAAAUCUCAUGGAGGAUCAUGGUAGCGGCUUGGCCUGCUUUGGCAUCUAUUUUCUGUCUGUGAAGGGAACCCAGCUGAACAAUGGCACGCUCAGUCUUUCCAUUGUCCUUUGCAACGUUCAAUUGGAUGAUACGCGCACUUCGAACAGGAGCAAAAUACGACAGUAUCUUAGCUGCAAGGAUUGGGAUGAGGUGAAGUCCAGAAAGGCAACAAUCGUUGAUACCUGUCAAAAUGAGCCCAACUACAUGGUCGACGUUACGGCCAUUAUAAAAGAGAACGAUAUCUUUGCCGAGGUGCGUGUACGGAGCUUCGAUUUGAUCGUCUGCAUUGAUUUUCUGCUAAAGCUGACAACGUUCCUGACACUGCCCACUGAAGAUCAGAAAGUGCCGACGUCCAUUGUUACUCCAAUUGUAGACACAGCGGCACGCGGGACUGCACGAAUGACAGUCAACACCCUGUCAUCUGGUGGCGCUUCAGUGAAAAAAAUGAAUCUGAUACUUCACAUCGAUCAGCCUGAUAUUAUAUUGGUAGAGAGCCUGGACGAUCUGAAUACCAAUGCAAUUGUCUUUAAUGCAAAAGCGCAUCUCAAUUACCGGUCGAUUGGUGACAAGCAGCUUAUCAAUGGCCAAAUUGAUGGGCUCAAGAUAUAUAUGUGCUCCUUCUUGCCGGAGCGUCGCGAGUUAACGCGUCAUUAUAUUCUACAUCCGGCUGUUAUUAGUCUUCAGGGCUCCACACCCGAAGAGGAGGGCAUGCACAUCAGCCUGAAGCUGAGUGACAUUAUCAUCAACAUAUCGCCGGCCACCAUUGAGCUUUUGAAUAAGGCGUUUGUGAGCAUUUCAAGCGGUGCCGCUAAGAAAGCGGCCAUUGAUAAAGAUGCUGUGGAUUAUUCAAAAAUCUGGUAUCCGAAAUCGUUCCAUUCAAGAACCUAUUGGUUUACGAAAGUUGAACGUGCCAUCGAAGCCAUAGACGUGGAUCCUCUAGGCGAGUAUAUGGGUAGACAGAAGACUGAGAAAUGUGUGAUUGAGGUGCCCAGCAUUACCAUUGUGAUUGAGUCGGGCAUGGGCUACUAUACAAAGCCGCUUAUUUCACUGGACACACGCAUGACGGCUGUAUUCAAUAACUGGAGCCGCAAUCUCACCGCCCACGGCUCCCUAACGCUCAACAUGAACUACUACAAUCAAUUCCUGGCUGAGUGGGAACCCAUUAUUGAGCUUAACGAGGUGGUGGGUCGCAACGGCAUCAGCGAGUAUAUACCAUGGGAACUGCAGUUCGAUAUGGACAUUGAGACGUCACAAAACGAAUUUGAUGAACUAACUGAGGAGCAAACGAUGAACAUACGAAUACAUUCCAACGAGAAUCUGGAGAUAACCUUGAGUAAAACAUGCGUGAGCCUGAUCAGCGAACUGACCGAGGCCUUCUCGCAGGCCAUCGACAGUAAGGGCCUGAUCAAGCCAGACGUUGUGGCUCCGUAUAUUGUGCAGAACGAUACGGGCUUUGACAUAACAUUGGAUCUGAAGAAAGGUAUCUUUACUCUACACGAGGCGCAUCGCGGUGGGAAUGCCGCUAACAAUUCAAUAAUUCUGCAUUCGCAAUCCAAUGAGCAAAUGGUUAAUCCUGCAGACAUACAGGAGUGUACCAUUUCGUCUGGCGGGCGCGCUUACCUGCAAACUAAGGACUUGAGCACAGUGUCGGAGGACCAGGCCGAAGAUUACAAUCUCUAUUUGGAGAUCCCCGAUCUCAAAAACUUUGUUGAGCUGCCCGUUAGCAAGGCCGACACGCGUUACUUCCCGCUGAAGCGCAACGUGCCGCAGGAGCAGUGGGCCAUUGUAUCACAGGUCACGCUGGAAUAUGGCACCACCAUAAUCAACAUACAUGGCGUUAUAAGCAUCGUUAAUCAUUUCACCACACCAAUCAGUGUGCAUCGGCGCAGAAAGACUGAUAACAGCGUAAUACUCGUGGGAGUCGCGAAUCCUAAUGAAGUUUUUAAUUUGCCGCUGCACGCUAUCUAUGCGGAACACAAAGAGCUAUUCUUUGCGAUUAAGGGGUACAAAACGUCAGUUCAAGGAUUCCUCUGGAAUGCUUAUCCCUCGGAUGAAAACUAUUCGCAUCAAGUGCAAUGCGAUCCCAUCGAUGCCUUUGAGCCGCUCAACAUUAAUGUCAGACGGAAAAAGCAUGAGAUUUACUUUGAGAACACCACUAAGUAUCGGCUGCUGAGCGCAUAUUAUACGAUUCACCUACGUCCGCCACUUUAUCUCCUCAAUUCCCUGCCCAUUGGAAUAAAAGUCUCUGUGGCCGGUUGCCUGGGUCGCCAAAGUACCCCAGCUCAGCUAGUACGCGACACAGUUCAUCUUCCAGGAGGAGAGCGCUUUCAAAAAGAGGACUUUCUUGACUAUGGCGAGAAGGAGGUCAAUCCCGGACACGUGCUGCAUUUGCCGACAGUGCGUAUGUUCGAGAAGGGCAAGGAAUCAAAAAGUGUGCUUGUGGUGCGCUUAUUACAAUAUCUUGAGAAGGAUUGGUCAUAUGCCACUGAAAUUUGCAAUGGCGAUAGCGGAGUAUCCAUUUGGACAUUCGCGUCUUACGAUUCUGAGUUUAAAAUGGAAAUGGAUCUCUAUGUGCGCUCUAAUAAUCGGCAUGGAAGUAUUGUGUUGACACUGUACAGCCCUUACUGGAUGAUCAACAAGACGGGCAUGAUGCUCACCUACAAAACGGACUUCUCGUCUGUCGAGGUGCUGUAUCAUCCGCCCGAGUAUUCCGGUCCCAUACUGUUCACCUUCCGCGACAAGCUGUUCUUUGACAAGAAGAAGGCCUCCAUACGCAUCGACAGCGGCGAGUGGAGUGAGAAGAUACCGCUGGAUGUGGCCGGUUCAAUUGGUGGCGUCACCUGUGUUGCUAACGAUCAGAGCUAUCAAAUUGGCGUGCACAACCAUUUGACGCACAACUCGCUGACCAAGCAGAUUACGUUCAUACCCUUCUAUAUAGUGCAUAACAAGUGCAAGUACUCGAUCGAAUUGCAGGAGCUUAAACGUCCCGGCGAUCCUUGGCUAAUACUGAAACCCCAGGAGUACAAGCCGCUCUGGCCCAAAAACGACUCCACGCACAAGCUAAUUGUACGCGUGGGCGACCAAACAACGCCGGCCUUUGACUACACCGAGGUGACGUGCACGUUGCUCAAGCUGCACGACAGCCGCUAUGGCGGCGUCAAUGUGGACGUGCAGACCACUGAGGGUGGCAUUUAUCUAACAUUCACCGAAUACCAGCCAUCCGAGGCGCCUGGCCUGAUAAUCAAUCACACCAGCAAGGAUAUUGUCUACUAUGAAAAGAACACAAAAACCGAGAAUAUUUUGAAAGCCAAGCAUAGCGUUCUGUACGCCUGGGGCGAUCCAGCGGGGCCCAAGCUAUUAAUCUUUGGCAAGGACAAGCAGGAAACCGAUCUGAAACGCGAUCAAAUCGAUAAUGUUAUCCUACAGGACGGCAGCAAGGCCUAUUGGGUGUCCUUCCUGUACGGAAUGCAGCGAGUGCUGCUCUUCACCGAAGUCGAAGCGAUUGCCAAGCGCACCGAGAGCACCGCUGCCCUGCAAAAUAUCACUCGUAGCAUAGACCUGCAUAUACACGGCAUUGGUUUCUCUUUGGUUAACAAUGAGACUGGUCUGGCCAUACUCUAUUUGGGCGUUACCAGUUCGGGCAUUAUAUGGGAGUCAAGAAAACCAAAUAAGAAACGCUACAAGGAAUUGACCAUACAUGAAUCAGAGCUCAUCGAGGCUGAAUAUCAGCGCUAUCUGGUGCAUAAGGCAGUCAAGGAUGUGCAGACCUAUGUUUUGGAUAACAAAUUUCCGAUCAACUUUGGCACAAUGACGCUUGUCAAGCACGUGGAUCGGCGAUUGCGUCGCAACUUUUAUCCAGCCAUUUGGAUGUCAAUGAAAUCAUCACCGUUCCAAAAUCAAUUGCACGUGAAAAUUAAUCGCAUACAGGUGGACAAUCAGUUCCUUGAUCCCAUAUUCCCAGUGGUAUUGGCGCCCAUAGCGCCGCCCAAGAGCGUGGCCACAACCACAACAAUGAAGCCCUUCAUUGAAUGCAGCAUGGUGCAGCGCAUAAUACCCAAUUCGGAUGUCAAGCAAUAUAAGUACGCGACUAUAUUGAUACAGGAGUUCCACUUUAAGGUGGAUAUAGUCUUUUUAACGGCCAUUGCUGAGAUGUUCGCCACUGAGGCGACCGAUGAACAUGCAGCCAAAUUGUUCCGCAGCGAUGUGGACUCCAUUGAACUGCCGCUUUCUACAUUCUUUGAGGAACAUUCGCAACAGGAGCAAAAGAAUUUCUAUGAUAACUUGCAUUUGAGUCCACUGAAGAUACAUGUUAGCUUCUCCAUGGCUGGCUCCGAUACCAAAGCUCUGCCUGGUUUCCUCGGCAGGCUGGUCCAGGGUGUAGGCGUAACGCUUACGGAUGUUAACGAUGUCGUCUUUCGUUUAGCCUUCUUCGAGCGCGAAUAUCAGUUCUUUACACAACAUCAGCUCGUUAGCGAGGUUACCUCACAUUAUACGGGCCAGGCACUGAAGCAGCUCUAUGUGCUGGCCCUCGGUCUCGAUGUGCUGGGCAAUCCCUAUGGCCUGGUGGUGGGUCUUAAGAAGGGCGUCGAAGAUUUGUUCUACGAACCGUUCCAGGGUGCCAUCCAAGGUCCAGGUGAAUUCGCAGAGGGUCUAGUGCUGGGUGUCAAGUCUCUCUUUGGCCACACCGUGGGCGGCGCUGCUGGCGCCAUGUCCAAAAUCACUGGCGCCAUGGGCAAGGGUCUGGCCGCCUUAACCUUUGACGAUGACUAUCAACGCAAACGACGCCAGGGAAUGCAUAACAAGCCAAAGAAUUUCCAUGAAGGACUAGCGCGAAGCGGCAAGGGUCUGGUCAUGGGCUUUGUGGAUGGCGUGACUGGAGUGGUUACCAAGCCCGUCACUGGCGCACGUGAGGAGGGCGCUCAAGGCUUCUUCAAGGGUCUGGGCAAGGGCGCCAUUGGUUUAGUAGCACGCCCAACCGCUGGCGUCGUUGAUUUCGCCAGCGGCAGCUUUGAAGCAGUCAAGCGCGCCACCGUUGGCAGCGAGGAUGCCAAACGUUUGCGUCCGACGCGCUUCCUGCAUUACGACAAUGUCCUGCGUCCCUAUUGCUACAGCGAGGCGCUGGGCAACAAGAUGCUCAAGGAGCUGGAUAAGGGCAAAUAUGCGAGCACCGACAUCUUUAUACACUGUGAGGAGAUUGUACAGAAACUAGAGUAUCUGAUAGUCACCAACCAUCGCAUGCUCUACACACAACGAAACGAUAUGUUUGGCGUUUGGGUGUCCUUGUGGUCGUAUCAGUGGGAUGAAAUUGAAUCGGUUCGGUCCACCCAACGCGGCGUACAAUUCAAGGUGAAACGAAACGAAGGCAAACGCGUCUUGGGUCUGUUCGCUUCGAAGGAAUCACCACACAAGCUGGUGCUGGUGCCCGAUGAGCGCAAACGCUUGGCUCUGCUGGAAGUAAUGGAAUCUCAUCAAGAGGAUAACACCAAUUUGCGUUUACCCAGUUCACGAUACACAACUCGUUCGACUACGUAAAUCUAAUAACUAGGUCUAUUUUAUAAUCUCGCUUUGAUAAACCCAGUGUAAAGCUAGCUCAACAGCAUGGCAGAAACUACCUCUACAUUUCAAGCUGUUGUGCGGCUAAAACACAUACUCAAACACAAACACACACACACACACACAUACACACGCACACACCCCACUUCCCCCCACACUCAUAUACAUUUAAAGUAUGUAUAUUAACAAUUUAUGUUUUGAUAUUAAAAUUUUAUGUCAAUGUUGAAGAUAAACAUGAAAAUA